CGCAAGGCAGCCCAUCUUUGUCCACAGUGAGACAGAGUGAAGAGAGUGAAGUCAUGUUUGCAGGUUCCUACUCUCACAUCUCGCCUCAUGUGGCUAGGUGAUGCACAGGACGUCAAAACCACCCACAGGCGCCGAUGCACAGGAAGUCUCAAGAGCUGAGUUCAUUCUUGAUGGUGUGAAAAUACCUCCUGAGCGUGUCGACCUGGGCUGAGAGAAACACACAUUUUUCUGACAACACAGGUAGUGAAAUGGACCACUGGUUUUGUUCUGUAACUAAAGAGAUGAGGUGUUCCACCAUGAGGCUUCAUCUGCUACUGCAAGUUUUCAUUCUGCAAUGCCUGUUGAAGCUGGCUCACGGUCAGAUCACGUCCUGUGACACUGCUAUCAUGGUGCACCGUCACACUGUUUACUACGCCUCCUCAGGAGAAACUUUAACCAUCAAAUGUCCAGUUAGGUUGUGCAGGACAUCACUGCCUCUCAUUUCCUGGAUCAAACACGUGGACGGCCGUUACAACCCUGUGAACACGAGCCACCGAGUCCACACCAAGCAGAACAUGUUCAACCCUCUGUCAGGAGAGGGGUCUUUGAUAUUCAGGGACGUACAGACGGGUGACUCCGGGUCUUACCAGUGUCAGGUGGGAGGUAUUCAGAGCCACAGCAUCUACGUCAAUGUCUCUGAUCACGCAGUGCCAUCUACUGCCACAACUGAAAACGUAACAGCUUCCCAGGAGGCGAAGGAGGGCGGCCAUAUCUCAGUGUAUUUGUACUUCCUGCUCGGGCUGCUGGUGUCUGUCAUCAUUUUGAUGAGUUUGAUUGUUUCUUUCAAGAAGGUCUGUGAAGGUGAGCGUUUCUUUCGGUGGGGUCACAGUGAUGGUGGGAGGCGGAGUCUGCUGAACUCUAACUCCCUGUUCCGUCUCCAUCUCGCAGCAGAGGAAGUGAAAUGGACGAUUUAUAGACGGUGUUUUUGGUCUGGAGCUGAAGAGACGAGGCGAUCCACCAUGAGGCUUCACCUCCUGCUGCGAGUUUUCCUCCUGCAACGUCUGUUGAAGCUGGCUCACGGUCAGAUCACGUCCUGUGACACUGCUAUCAUGGUGCACCGUAACACCGUUUACUACGCCUCCUCAGGAGAAGCUUUAACCAUCAGCUGUCCAGUUAGGUUGUGCAAUACAUCACUGCCUCUCAUUUCCUGGAUCAAACACGUGGACGGCCGUAACAACCCUGUGAACACGAGCCACCGAGUCCACACCAAGCAGAACAUGUCCAACCCUCUGUCAGGAGAGGGGUCUUUGAUAUUCAGGGACGUACAGACGGGUGACUCCGGGUCUUACCAGUGUCAGGUGGGAGGUAUUCAGAGCCACGGCAUCUACGUCAAUGUCUCUGAAAAUGUCGGCUCAUCCAAUACCUCGCAUGAGAACAGAACUGCAUCUGGGGACAAGAGCGAGUACAGAAACGUCCGCCUGUAUGUGUAUGUCAGUGCCGGGAUCCUGGGCCUUGUCAUCUUCAUCAUCAUCCUGACAGUUCUGUCCCUGAAGUUCUGUAAAGGCACGUCCAGAAAAGAGACUCCAGCGGAAAAUGAGAUCUUAAUGGUCCCAGUGGUCCGCCACAUGAGAGGAAGCCAGGACCCAGGCCCAACAGCUCGACUGUCUGUGAGGAAAAAGACGCCGCUGUCACAACCUGCCAAUUCAAAUGCAGUCAGCACGAGCCAGCAGGAAGAGGAAGGGUGUGUGGAGUACGCUGCUCUCAACCACAUGCAGGUACCGAGUGCGACACCAAGACAACCGAGACUAGACCAGGAGAGCACGGAAUACGCAGCCAUCCGCGUUCGUUGAGACGUGAUAGGGCUCAACAGUGGAAGCUGCGCAACGGCACUAUAUUCUGGAGUCGCUGUCUGGAGCCGAUGAGAUCGUCUUCCAAUUUGAACUUCAGGACUUUGGCCUCUUCACUUCUCCUCAGUGUCAGUGAGCAGCGACUGGUUCUAGAAGCGGAGUUGUUCAAAAGAGAACUUAAACAGCUUGAAAAUGCAACCCAAGCGUGUGUGGAAAGUUAUGUAAAUGCCAUAUACCAUGAUUGAGUGAACAUUGUUACUGCUUUGGAGAAAAUCACCAUUAACUUCUGGUCCUCAUGUAUGCGAAGUGUAUACAGAUAAUAAA